UUUUGAUAAUUUUUUACCGUACUUUCUUAUAAUCUUCAAUUCUUACUUUUUAACAAUGCAGCUCUUAUUUUUUAUACUUUUAAACAUUCUUUUGUUCUUUUUGUUGUAGAUCUUCGCUUUCUUGCAAUAAUAUUCAUCUUCACUCAUGUUUAGACUGAAUUUAUUAAGAUGGCGCUGGAUCACCCUUCUCUUUUGGAAUCCAAUCAAAUGAGAUACGUGGCAGAUUCACUUAAGCCAGUAGGAUCGAGACUAGAGAAUGAGAUCUCUUACGAGAUAAAUGGUUGCAUGUUGACUUGGAUAGCAAAUUACUGUGGAUCGGAGUUUAGAUUUGAUUGCUCGAAUAUUAUCGAAAUAAUUGACGGCUAUUACAAAGCAGAGUUUUAUUUGGACACUAAAAAACUGUUGGACACCACUGAUGCUUUAAAUUCUUCUUGUGAUACCUCUGAUAUUGUGUUUACCGAUUACGUCUCCGACGAGACUGGCAAAAAUAUUUCAAAUAGUCAAACUAGCAAAGAUUACCGUAAAAUAGACUCAAUUUCAAAUGCAAGUACAGAAGUAGAUUCGUUAAACGAGAUCAAUUCUAUAAAUACAAAUGGCAAUGAGCCGGAAGUGGCUGAGAAUAAAAUUACAAAAGUGGAAAACAAAGAACCUGACCUAGAACAAACUCUUCCUGAAAAACCAAACAACCAAAUUGAAAAGCCAAAGGACAAAGUUUCAACUCCUCAAAAGAAACCAGUUCAAGCCCAGGUUCCACCUUCCCAAGGCUUCAAUUUAAGGAGUUCCAGAACUAACAGAAACAUAACUUCACCAAAUUAUUUCAACAAGGAUGAUUCAAGAUCAUUCAACUGUUACUCAAGAAUACAUUCCAAGCCUGAAAUAACAUUUACUCCUGAAGUUAAAAGAAGGAGAAACUCAAAAUCAGAAGCCGGUAAAAAGAAGCCGGAAUUUGAGGUUAGAAGAGGCGAGAGAGUGAGAAAAGUCAGUAUUUUCCAGGAUUGUUACAUUCCAGCAUCCAGAAACGAGUGGAUUUCAGAGGUUUUUAUAGGAGCACAUAAAGAAAAUUUUUAAUUUUUCAACAUUUUAA